AUGCAGAAGACUCAAUUAGGUUGGAUAAUAUCUGGAGAAAUGCAUGGAGGUACUUCUAGCACGGCGUGCUUUGUUGCAUCUAAUGAUGCAUUGCAGCGACAGCUGGAAACCUUCUGGAAAAUAGAGGAAGGUGUCGAUAAUCACAUGUAUUCGUUGGAGGAACAGGCGUGUGAAGAUAACUUUAUGAAAAAUACUACGUAUGGAAAUGAUGACCGCUACAGUGUGCAUUUACCAUUUAAGAGAGAACCGAAGGAUCUGGGCGAUUCAUAUACAGGAGCACUCCGGAGAUUACAGGCUAUGGAAAAUAAAUUCGCCAAAAAUAAAUUACUAAAGGAGCAGUACGUGGCGUUCAUGAGGGAAUAUGAAACCUUGGGCCAUAUGGUGCAAAUCAAGGAUCACGAGAAUUCGUUUGGUGAUGUCCACUAUCUCCCGCAUCAUGCAGUUUACAAGCAAUCGAGCACUACCACUAAGCUAAGAGUGGUGUUUGAUGCUAGCUGCAAAACAUCAACUGGACUAUCGCUGAAUGAUAUUUUAAUGGUUGGUCCUACGAUCCAACAGGAUUUAUUCGCAAUUCUAAUUCGAUUUAGGCAGUAUCCUUAUGUUAUCACGGCCGACAUUCGGCAAAUGUAUCGUCAGAUUUACGUGACUGAUAAGCAUCAGGAUUUGCAGCGAAUAUUGUGGAGAGAAGAUCCGUCGCAGCCGAUCAAGAUAUUCAAGCUGCGAACUGUUACAUAUGGAAUGGCGGCAUCCCCCUUCUUGGCGAUUAGAUGCUUACACCAGGCUGCUAAGGAAGGGGAGAUGGAGUUUCCAGAAGCUAGUCAAAUAAUUCGGAGAGAUUUUUAUGUAGAUGAUAUGAUUACUGGAGCCAAUACGGUGGAGCACAUACAGCGUAUCAAGGACGAAGUGACGGCGGUUCUCCAAUCGGUAGGUUUUCCUCUGCACAAAUGGGUGUCAAAUACAUCUAUUACAUCGGCGGAAGAUUCGGAUGGAACUACGGAUUUCACACAUCGGAUUGGAGAAGAGAUGAAGACGUUGGGUAUCCUGUGGAAUCAUAGGGACGACAAUCUGCAAUACAACACGAAACCACCAUCGAUCUCUGGCCGAGUCACGAAGCGUUGUAUUUUGUCGACAGUGUCUCAAAUCUUUGAUCCAUUGGGUUUGGUGGCACCCAUAAUAGUUACUGCUAAGAUACUCCUGCAGGAAUUGUGGCAGCUGAAGCUCGGUUGGGUUGAGGCCGUGCCACUGCACGUUCAUACGCGAUGGUUACAUUAUGUCAAACAUUUGAGUUACAUCCGGGAUAUUGCCAUUCCUCGAUUAACUGUCAUAACCAAUCCGGUUCGAGUUGAAAUUAAUGCGUUUUGCGAUGCUUCGGAAGUGGCAUACGGAGCAUGUGUGUAUAUAAGAUCAGAAGAUGCAUUAAAUAAUUGCUCAAGUCGAUUACUGUGCGCGAAGUCGAGAGUUGCGCCGUUGAGUAAAAUAUCUUUACCACGCCUGGAAUUGUGUGGUGCCUUAUUGCUGGCCAGAUUGCAUCGAAGGGUCGUAGAAGCCUUGACAAUAAAUAUUCAAACGCAUUACUAUUGGUGUGAUUCUACGAUUACCCUAGCUUGGAUCGCCGGUGACCCACAGACUUCUAUAUAA